AUGAUCCAAAGUUCUGUACUAAGGAAGCGUCACGCUGGUCAGUUGAACAUCAAAUGCUGUCAAGAUGAUAUGUGUAAUGCGGGCAGCUUCCCCGACCUCCCUCCCGCAGUGGACACUUCAAUAGAACCAGUGCCGUCUAAUGCAUGGAAGUUGUGGCUCAGUGUGACAUUGUCAGUGUUAUUUGUGAGUGCGAUCGGUGGUAUUGGGAUAUUUUUACUGCGGAGAAGUCAUCGACUGCGUGUGUCUCAAGCAGCUCUGCAUAAACUGGGCCCUGAUUCCAGUUAUUUGUCCACCAAUUUAUAUGGACCUCUAGUGACCAGUACAUGCUAUGAAGGUCUAGAAGGGUCUCAGAAUGGCGGAGGUCUGAAAGCAGUGGCGGCUGGAGACUCCACGUUGAGGGAAUACUUGGAGAGUUCGGUGACAAGUGGGUCGGGCUCCGGCUUGCCUUUAAUGGUGCAGCGGACAUUAGCCAAACAAGUUACAUUGAUUGAUUGUGUCGGAAAGGGUCGCUACGGGGAGGUGUGGCGAGGGUCGUGGUGCGCAGACAGCGUGGCUGUGAAGAUCUUCUUCUCUCGCGACGAGGCGUCGUGGCGGCGGGAGACGGAGGUGUACAGCACGGUGCUGCUGCGCCACGAGAACAUCUUGGCGUACGUCGGCAGCGACAUGACCAGCAGGAACAGCUGCACACAGUUAUGGCUGAUCACCCACUUCCAUCCCCUGGGGUCGUUAUACGAGCACCUGCACCGCGGCGCGCUCAGCCGCCACCAGGUGAUGCUGCUCUGCUUGUCCAUCGUCAACGGGCUGCUGCAUCUGCACACAGACAUACACGGCACACAGGGUAAGCCAGCGAUAGCCCACCGUGAUAUAAAAAGCAAGAACAUAUUAGUGAAGGUGAACGGCGAGUGCUGCAUCGCAGACUUCGGGCUGGCGGUGACGCGCCGCCACGUGCAGCAGCACCAGCUCAGCGCCAGGCAGGGCACCAAGCGCUACAUGAGCCCCGAGAUGCUGGACCAGAGUAUGAACGUGCAAUGUUCCCUACAGGUGGGAAGAAAAAGGGACUAA